GAAUGUCUUGUACAUUAUAGAUGGGACCGAGGUAGUCGGUCUCGAUCAGCGAAAAGAUGAAGUGCUUGGUGGUUUUAGUAAUCGUGUGCUUUGUAGCUGCACAGACAACCACAAUAUACACGAACAACGACAUCGAAGGUUCUUUCGGUUUGGCCCACACUGAAGGUCUGCGACGACGGUGUCCACUCUGCGACUCUUCCGUGUACAGCUACUGCAGCGAAAAACUCUUCCACGACUCGUGUUGCUGUCACAACCCUAAUAACCCUUACGAUCGUCUCCCUUACCAGUGCCAGUACGCCGACUGCAACUUCCUGCACGCCAACACCUGCCGUGAACACAAACUCAUCACAGCCUGCUGCUGCACUAGCGUUUUCUACAAAAAAUGAAACACCCCCUACGUAAUAAAUAUAAUUUAUUUAUAACGUCACUUACACAAUAGUUAGAUAAGAGCUCAUUUGUAAAUAAUGAAGCUUGAACAGUGUCUAGUAACGAGAUAGUAAUUUCUGUGGUACCUAAAUAUCAUGCAGCAACUCAACUUCGGUACGACCACCCUCCAACAUUUAAGUUAUCUUUUAGUGUUAUUUAUUAACGCUACGGCGGGUCACAUGAUCGAUUCGUUUGAAUUUCGCGCCAAAGCGUUGAGGUUAGGAAUCGCACAUGCGCCGCACUGCUUCCCUGUACAUUUACCUCUAGGUUUUAUUUAUUAAUAAAUUAACAUGUUUUAUUA